CCGAAAACUAAUUUGGUUACCUUGUCGCCACCAUAUUUUUGAAAUUAUUUUGAAAGGAGUUUUUGAAGUUUUCUGGCCGACAACUUCUGGUCCUAACGUUCCAAUUUUUGGACCAAAGUGGCAUGCAAGAUGAAUUAAUUGCAAAUACAUUUUUAACGAACAGACUUGAAUUGAUUAACCCAAUUAAUAAUUUAUUAAAGGUAUAUUAUUAUUUUGUGCUCGAAACAGUUGAAAAUUUGCGUUUAAUGAUUUCAGUUAUCGAAUUUUUUAUUAAACAUGUUGCUCAGCCAAGAAAUGAUUAUAAGGAACUUCUCGACUUAUCAUUGAUUUUUUUUUAUGGUCUCCCAGAAGGUACAGCAAGUUUUAAAUGCCCAGGAGCAAUGCAUCAUGCACGAUGGAUGGCUAAAGCGAUUUACAGCUUAAAAAUCUUCAUGUUUAGAGGUCAAUUUUCACUUUCUAAACGAGAAAUUGAUAGCUUGCGUCAAAUAUGUACUUUUAUUAUUUUAAUUUACGUCAAAGUAUGGUUUACUUGUUCUGUGGCAAUCCAAGCGCCGAAUAAUGAUCUACAACUGUUGAAGAAGUUACUUUCUUUUCCAGAAAUUCAAUUGCCAGUGCUACAAAAAGCUUUAAAAAAAUUAAGUGCUCAUCUAUGGUACUGGGAUGAAGAACUAGCAGCACUCGCAUUAUUUGAUAACAAUGUCUCAGAUGAAAUGAAAAGAAAAAUGUGUAAAGCGAUCAAUCAAAAUGAGCAGAGUAACAUUAUCAGAGAGAAACGAUACGUCGCUAGAGAACUUGAUUUAAUGUCAUUUUCAAACAAAGAUUUGAGUGAAUUUGUUUCGAAAAAUUCACUCAAAGUUUUCGAAACGUUUGAUUUACCAUGUGAUUUUCUAGAAGUAGAUGUAUCGCUGUGGCCUAACAAUGAAAGUUAGAAAACCGAAAAAUCGAAAAAUCGAAAAAUCGAAAAAUCGAAAAAUCGAAAAAUCGAAAAAUCGAAAAAUCGAAAAAUCGAAAAAUCGAAAAAUCGAAAAAUCGAAAAAUCGAAAAAUC